UUGGUCUCAGAUUAACAUUUUUUCAAUGUUUCUGAUUGGAAAACUAAGUGUCUAGUUUUUAUUUGGAUUAACUUGAUUACGAUUAAUUAUUGCUCGAUUUAGAUAAUUUAGCCUUUGUUUAGGCUAUUAGAUUAAUCUAUCUGAAUGGAUAUUUUGAAAUUAUCUUUCAUUCAAUCUAUUCUUUUCCUCGUUUAUCUUGACCAGGUUUCUACUUUCCCUGAUCCAGGCAAAUGGAGUUUCUCUGUCAACAAGCAAAAAUGCCACUACUUCAACGUUCAUAAGGUUCUUUACAAAGAUUCCAAAGUCUCUGUUAAAGUUCAUUGUGAUCCUGGGCCUGGUUCAUCUAAAGAUAUGAAGAUCAAAGUUGGUUAUGUUAUAAGGGAAUCUCCAUGUUUUGAGGAAUACGUUGGACCUCAACUGCUGAGUUUCAUAGCAAACUAUUAUAACUGCCCUUAUCAAGUAUUUGCAGAUUUUGAUUACAAUAGCACGAAUUACUUAAAAACUGAGGAAAAAGUGGUUACUUGUGAUCAUCUUGUUGACGAAAGUUUAAAAAUCAUAAAUGGUCAAUUUUCCACUUCUUCCAUUAACAACACUGGAACUUGUCCUUCUAUAUUAUGUGAAAGUUCACCUUCUUCGAUAUUUUUUGACCAAGAACUAACUGACAAUGACAAUACUUUCAACGCAAUUUCUAAAAGAUCGAUCGAUUCUCCACCACUUCAACAACUCAAGAACGAUGUAAAGAGAUCUCCAUCCAAGAUUGACGGAUCAAUUACUAUUCCAUCUGAUGGAGUUUACUUGCUUAUAGUCUAUUUAUCAGCUAUUGAAUUAAACGAUACUUUCAACGCUAUUGUUGAUCUGGAAAUGAAAGGGACAAAUGGUUACCUAUCAGCUGACGAAUGGCCACUCUUACCUUUCUAUGGAGUGAUGUCAAUUGUUUAUUUUCUUUACGCUGUCGGCUGGUUGAUCGCUUCUGCUAUGCAAUGGAGAGACCUCUUGAGAAUACAGUUUUGGAUCGGUGGAGUUUUAUUCUUGGGAAUGUUAGAAAAGGCUAUUUUUUACGCUGAAUAUCAAUCUAUUAAUUCCACUGGUCGAUCCGUCAAAAGUGCAAUUCUUUUAGCUGAAUUGAUCUCAUGUCUUAAACGUACCUUAGCCAGAAUGCUUGUACUAAUAGUUAGUCUCGGUUUUGGAAUUGUAAAACCGAGAUUAGGUCCUAUGCUCCUUAGAGUUGUUUGUUUUGGUGGACUUUUCUUCACAGCGAGCGCUCUUGAGGCAAUGCUACGUGUCUAUCGACCAAAAAAUUACCAAACUGAUCAAAACUUGAUGGCUGGUAUUCCUGUACUCGUUUUGGACUGUAUAAUUUGUUGGUGGACAUUAAACUCACUCGUUAAAACUAUGAGAAGAUUAAAAUUACGUCGGAAUCGAGUCAAACUCAAGUCCUAUCUAAUUUUUACCAAUACCUUAGUUUUUGCUGUUCUUGCAACUACUGUAUACCUGAUUUGGGGUACUUAUAAUAUUAUAUCCACCAAAUGUAUGACCGAAUGGAAUCAAUUAUGGUUUGAUAUCGUUUGGGAUGUUCUUUUUUCAAUUGUUCUUCUCGUAAUUAUGAUUCUUUGGAGGCCUACAAAUAACAAUCAACGUUACGCAUUCACACCUCUUCUAGAUGCAAGUGAUGAUGAAGAUGAUCUGAGUGAUCAAGUUGUUAUUAACGAAAUAUUUGAAGGAGUCAAAAUGAGACAACAAUCUUCCGGAUCUUCAUCUAAUCAUCAACAUAAAGCCAAAGAUGCAAUUCUUGAUGCCGAGGCAGGAGAUCUCAAAUGGGUUAAAGAAAACAUUCCUCUUCUCUCGUUGGCUUUACCGACGCUCAUUGAUUCAGAUGAAGAAAAAAAGCCAAGUAAAUUUGAAAGGAGUAAAAUGGAAUGAAAAUACAAAGAAACCAAAUUUAAAGUAAUCAAAUUUUAGUUUAUUGCGAAAAUUGGAUGAUUAAUUGAUUUGAUCUUUUACAAUUAACAAGUUGAUUAACUUAAAUCUUGUUGAUUGUUACAAUUGAAAGGCUUUAAUGUUUACUAAUGAUUAAUUUGAGCGAGAAAAAAGAUUAGCAAGUAAACAAUUAACUCUAAAUGCAUAUUGAUUGUUGCGAUAAAUUGAUUUCUAAUCUGAUUUAGAUCUUAAAUUGUAUCUGAAUUGAUCAAAGAUGUUGAUGCAUAACUAAGAAAAUUAAUGAAUAUGAGAAUGAAAAUUCACAUGAUCAUAUGUUUGCCUGUGAUUCUCCACUCGAUUGGUUAUUUCUAACCAAAGGAAUCGCCUAUUGGAUCGACUCUUCAAGUAACUCACAAAUCUACUUGAUUGGAAAUAUAUUCCUCUGGUACUUAUCGUUAAUUUCUGUCGCUAUCUAUUGUUGUCUCGGUGUUUUUUAUCUAAUACGGAAGCGCCGAAAUUACCAGGACCUUUCUGAAG